AUGAUGGAGAUUGUAUACAAUCAUAGCACUGAAAUUUGGAACGGGCGCAAAAUUUUGUGCGAUUUUAUUGAUAUGAUUUGUUUGGAAACUAAGGAUUUCCUUACAAAACACCCCCUGGAAUAUUACGAUUUUUUACGUGAGGUAAAAUCAAAAAUCAGAUGGAUCUCAACCUGCAAUUCAAAAUUAGAAAUAAAAAUAUCAGCCGUUAUUCUUGAAGAGAUAAAAUCUAUUGAAGGCAUGCACGGAUCUCUAGUAAAACCAGACUGUAAAAACGAGAUUGAGUUUAAAAGAGACAAGUGUGUCAUAAGAUCAGACCGAUUUCAGAUUCUGUUUGCUAAUGCUGGAACAUGCAUCGUAGACUAUAUAGAAGAAAAGUUGUUAACUGUUUUUCCAGACAUCAAUUAUAUAAUUCUUGUUGGAGAAUUUGCACAAUCGCCGAUACUUCAUGACAUUAUCAAAACUUCAUUUUCGGCAAAAAAUAUUAUCAUUCCUUGUGAGGCAAACAUGGCGGCAGUAAGGGGUGCUGUAUUUUUUGGACAAAUGAGUAUAGCAGUGGAGACAAACACUGUGCACACCAUGAAACAGACACCUUUGAACAAUGCACAAGCUGCGUUAGCAGAGCAAAAAGGAAUUGAGAUGAGGAAAAAAGAGAAUUCAAAAAUUUUUCAGAAAAAAAACAAGAAAAAAUCACCACUAAAACGAUGUGUGAUAAUGUGAUACGAGGUUUAUGUACCUUUAAAGUAAAUCUAUUUUUGCUAAUCUAAAUAAAGCUUAAUUAUUUUUUACUUUUUUCAAGUUUUUACCGUUUGCUUGUCUGUUAACAAAACACUUUCUUGAACUUAAGUUAAUGUGUCUAGAGUGUGUAGAUUUUAUACCA